UAGCCGAAGCCUCACUCGCAGCUUACAGUCGAGACGGAACGCUCCAGCGCCGCCGAGUCGUGUGAUAUCUUCAGAGAAUAUUUCUCUCCUGACUUUUGCUCGUGCGGAUAAAGCGCGCAUAAUACGAACACGAACAGUCUCCGUUUCGUCGCAGUCGCGAUAGCUUCUGGUUCGUUAUCCACCCACACGCGCUCGUACAGUAUCUACCAUUAUCGAACGUAAUCGAAGAUCCGUUUCACUUGUUCAUCUUGCAGUCCUCCAUCGUUGUGGAGCGACCAGUUAAACUCGCGAGGUCUGUCGAAGUGCUCGGAGUGUCGGACGUUUCCGUUCUCGAUCUUUUUCAUCGCGACUCAUAACCACUUUCGGCUGCUGUCAUUCGAUCGAGACAGCAACAUCGCGGCGAUCGAAUGUUUCACGAAAUGAGAAAAUAAUAACGCGCGAUUUCGCCACCCGGAGCUAAACAAGUGAUCGUUGCUUGAACGCAGAGACAAACAUUCAGUUUUUUCGAACGAAUCGAACUAUCAUCGAAGUAUCGACAGCGAGCUGCUGCGUUCGUUGACUGCAGGACUGACGAGGGGGGGAGGCAUAACUGUUGAUUGGUCGAUUACAAGUGAAAGCCCUCGAUUCGGAUGACUGUACAGCGGAGAAAGAGCAAGCGAGUUCUGUGCGCGUCCAGUCCUCCGAGAACAACAAAUGCCUAGUGAAACACGAAGAUUUUGACGCAAAAAAUGGGCGCUCCACUCACCGACGAGGAUUGCGUUCGGACGAAGAAGAAAGAGGACUGUACCAUUCGCAUGGACGAUCAACAAAAACUCCUCAUCAGUGAGCGAUGCAUCGAUCUCGACUCGCAAGUUUACCUCGAAUUUUCUCAACUGUCUUACACCGUCCCUGGCUGCAAAGUUAAAGAGAAAAACAUACUGCGAGGGGUAUCGGGCCACUUCCGACCAGGAAAAUUGACGGGAAUAAUCGGUCCUUCCGGAGCCGGAAAAACGUCGCUUCUGAGCAUACUUUCCGGCCUGCGAGGAUCGAACGUCAAGGGAUCAAUAACCGUGAAUGGGAAUCCACGAAAUGCCGAUGAAUUCCGUAGGUCAGCUUGUUACAUACCGCAAGAGUUUGCACUUUUGCCGAGGCUCACUACACGCGAGACUCUUUGCAUAGCGGCUCGUCUCAAGCUCGGACAUCCUCACACCGCACAGUCACGAGAACUCGUGAUGAAAGAAGUCGCGAGUAAAUUGGGCUUGAUGAACUGCAUGGACACGAUGGCAGACCAAUUGAGCGGUGGCGAAAAAAAGAGGCUUUCCAUCGGUGUGGAAAUAGUCACGAAUCCUGCGGUGAUGCUACUGGACGAGCCGACCAGUGGCCUUGACAGCCUCGCGUCCAAUCAGGUGGUCGGUCUGAUGAAGAACAUUGCAAAAAGUGGCUGCACCGUCGUAUGUGCGAUUCACCAACCGAACAGCCAGAUGAUCGAACAGUUUGACGACAUCCUCGUGCUCGCUGGAGGGAGGAACUUUUACUGCGGUCCCAGGGAAGAAAUCGUUGAGACUUUUCUGCAAGCCAAAUUUGCCUGUCCAGCUUUCUACAACAUUGCAGAGUUCGUAAUCGAAGUUGUCACCGGCCAGCGAGAAGGGGAUCUCGAGAGACUCUGCGAAAUCGGUAACUCCAAAUGCAGAGAUUCGAAACUCCGUCACAGAUUUCCCCGAAGACUGAACGGCGUCGCCGACGUCGUGGAUUCCAGUAAUCCGAAAUCUUCGACGUGCUCCGAAAAUUGGACGGAAAAAAUGCCUGGAAAUGAAAGCAGCCCGGUUAUGACGUGGGAUAAACAAAUGGUUCUGUUCUAUCGUGCAAUUAUCUGCAUCCGCAGAGACAACACCAUGACGAAAUUGAGACUCGUCGCUCACAUAAUAGUUGCUCUACUCCUCGGCCUCGUGUUCUACAACUUUGGCAACGAUUCCGCCAAGAUCCAGAGCAACGUAGCUUGCCUAUUUUUUUUCCUGCUCUUUCUAUUCUUCGCAAAUUCGAUGCCAGCAGUUCAAAUGUUUCCCGUUGAGGCUGCCGUUUUUCUCAGAGAACAUCUCAACAAUUGGUACGGUCUGAGCUCUUACUACAUCGCCAAAGUCGUGACCGAUGUUCCUCUUCAGAUAGUCUGCCCCACGUGCUUCCUCGUUAUCGCUUAUUUCAUGACUGGGCAGCCGCUCGAAUGCGAGAGGUUCGUGAGGGUUUGGCUGAUUUGUGUCCUCAUUACGGUCGUGGCACAAUCCCUUGGCAUCGUCACCGGUGCAGCGUUCGAUACUCACGCCGGAUGUUUUCUUGUCCCUGCUCUCAACAUUCCGAUGUUUCUGUUCGCUGGGUUUUUCCUCAAGCUGAACGAGGUGCCGAGUUACCUCCGGUUCUUCAGUUCAGUGAGCUACUUCCGUUAUGCCUUCGAAGGAAUAUUGCAAUCGAUCUACGGAAACAACCGAACUGGUAUGGAAUGCUCCGAAGAUUUUUGCCCGAUAAGAAAGCCGGAAAAAGUUCUUAGCAUGAUGGACAUGCCGACGACGUCCUUCUGGCUCAUCGUGGUCGCCCUCGUUGUUUGGAUACUUUGUCUACACGUAACGAUCUACUCGGUAUUGCGUUGGAAAUUGUACAGGCUGACGAAAUGACCAAGUCAUGAGAGUAGAAAAAGAAUUUUUAAUAACCGGUGCUUAAGUUAUUUACAGGCUCUCUCGUCUUCAUUAUCUACUGAAUUAUUCUCGAAUUUCAUUAUUGGAAAUUUGCGAUUCAAAACUAUCGAAGAGUUUCAUUAGCAAGAAUGUGAGAAUUAUUGAAAAUAGUUAAUUUAAGAGUGGAUGACCUCGGUAAUUAUUCAAUAAAUUUCCUCUGUGAGGAAACGAUGAACAGGUUUAUGUGAAAAAUGUCACAUAAACUGUUUCUAUUUUUUUUUUUUACGUAUUCUACCAUUUUCCACAAUUUUGUGAACUCGAUGGAACUCACGAAUGUGUAAAUCGUUCGAAAUACUUAAACAUCGUGCAUAUUUGUUUUUCCGAUGGUCCGAGUCAUCGAUGAAAAAUGACUUUUUUUAAAUAUACGAUAAACUCGUUUUCCUUUUCCUUUUCUAAACGAGAAAUAUUCGCUUUCGUCGACGAAUUUUGAAAAAAACGAUCAAGUGGCAUGUGAUUUUGUAUAAUUUGUUUUUAUUACAACAAUAAAUAAAUAAUGUGGCGUCGA